AUGAAAUUAGAUGAAAUAAAAAAAUGCUUCACUUCUGAAAAUCAUUAUAAAGAGAUUAAAUAAGUUAAAGAUUAUAUUUUGUAGAACAACAUGUAUACAUAAAUAUCUAUUUUGAAAGUGAAAUAACUUAAAGAGCACUUUAAGCAGUAGUAAAUAUUUUGGAUGAUAGUAAAUCAUAGCCAAUUUAGAAGGUAUUAUCAACUAGAGUAAUUAAUUAUCAAUUAUUCAGUUAGUGAAAGAAAUAAUGGAUUUUCAUAUUGCUUUAGUUAUUGAAAAUGUAUAAAUUAAAAUCAUUCCAAUUUAUGAAGAAAUUCUAAUUGGUUAUUGUAAUAAAGGACAAAAAGCAAAACAAUACUUCUCCUAAUAACCUGGUAGAUAUUAUUAUAUAUUUAUUGAAGAUGAGCAACUAAUGGUUCUUGGUAACACAUUUAUUAGACUGAUCAGUGAAUGUGUAUUUGUUUGGAAUAUUUGGCAUCCAAGCAUAGAUGGAUAAUAAUCAGAAUAUUCAAAAGUGUAAUAUAGAAAUUAUCUAUUAAAGAUAUAACAAUUUAAUUGCAAAAGGAAUGCAAUUUCCUAAACUAUUUUAUUUUAAUUCUCAAAAAGUGAAGGAAUUCUAUGUUUAUUCUAAGGAAUAAUUGAGUACUUCUCAAUUUGUUUAUUCAAAUAACAUUUAACCUGAUUUUUUGUAUAUUAAAAAAAGACUAGAUGGAAAUUAAUUCUAAAAAAAUGAUCUUAUAAUCAUUAGAAAUGAAUUACUCUGUAAAAUCAUUAAAAAUAAUGUAUUUAUAGCUUUAAAAAAUAAUGAACUUAAUCCUAGUUAAGUAAAAUUUAUAUAAAAUUUUGAAAUUGCUUAUAAAGACUAUGAAAAAACAUAGAGAUUUGAUGAAUUAUAAAUUACAAUAUAAUCAAUGUAUUACUUUCUAUAAUAUUUUAAAGUUGUUUAGAAUUUGAUGAUGAAGUAUUUGAUAAAUAAGCAGCAAUAGAUGCAUUUUAAAAAAGAUAUCAAUCAAAUCAGAGUAAUUUCACUCCAUCUAAAUUAUAAGGUGGUGCAGGUGGAUAUUCUACUGAUAAAAUUAGUUAGUUUUACUCUCAUGGAAGUAUGAGUGUAAUAAUAUAUUUGAUUAUUUUAUAGUCACAAAAUUCAUCUCCUAAUGAUUAAAAAGAAUAAUUAAAAAUAUUAAAUGAAAAAAAUAGAAGAAUUGAAUAGUUGUUAUUAGAAAAUUCUCUUUUGUAGAAAUAAAUAAAAAACUUUGAAGAUUAGAUUCACACUCUCAAACAAAAUCUAUCCUAAAAUAUAGAGUGA